GGGGCGGGGCGGGGCCAGUAGUGAGCAGGCACUGCGGAUCUGUAGCCGCGGCGGAGCCUACUCAGCCUCCCUGCGAUGCGGUACAAACACCGCGCGAAGUGUGUACCGAUUCCCAGUCAGACAGCGGGAGGGACCUGGGAGCGGCCACGGGGUUGCUUUAUCACUAGAAGACCAAGAGCUCAAGCAGGGCCUCUGUCCCUUGCUUCUUUCCUGACCUGAGCUGGAUCCAGAACCAGCUGCUGUCCUCCUGUUUGUUCACUCCGGCACCAUCGUCACAUCUCCGUCAUGACCCACCUGUUCACAGUGUUCCUGGUGGCUCUGAUGGGCCUGCCUGUGGCCCAGGCUCUGGAGUGCCACGUGUGUGCCUACAAUGGAGACAACUGCUUCAAACCCAUGCGCUGCCCAGACAUGGCCACCUACUGUAUGACCACAAGAACUUACUUUACCCCGUACCGGAUGAAGGUGAGGAAGUCCUGUGUCCCCAGCUGCUUUGAGACCGUGUACGAUGGCUACUCCAAGCAUGCAUCUGCCACCUCCUGUUGCCAGUACUACCUCUGCAACGGUGCUGGCUUUGCUACCCCAGUGACCUUGGCCCUGGUCCCCGCACUCCUAGCUACCUUCUGGAGCUUGCUGUAAAGCUCUGUUCCCCAAGCCAGAUCCACGCAAACACAACACUCUUAACAAACACAGUUGCCCCCUAUCUCCCAUUCCCUCCACUCAACCCUCUUCCCUCUGAGACUCCUCUGCUACAACGAGGUCCCAUGGCUAUUCAUGAAAGGACUGAUGGCCUCCAGAUACCUCACUCCAAGGUCAUUUUCAGAAGGCUGAUGUACGAACCUGUAAUGUACCCAGCUAUGGGUGGGGCAGGCUGGGCUCCUCCUCCAUCCUGGGUCAGGGGCAUCUAGGAGAGUGUUGUUUAUGGGGGAGGGGCCAUCACUCAAAUCAAGUCUACUGAUUUGAUAGAAUUAGUAGCCAAACUCCACCUUCAUAGCAUCAAGGACUCUGCCUCAGUCUACCCAGUAGACAAUAAGUUGGUUGGGGGUGGGGGUGGGGCGAGAAAUGAGCUGGCUGAAAGCAGAGACUCAGCAGAACUGUCUCCUAAGUCCAGCAACUUCCCAGAGCAAAUGUGAUGUGGAAGUCCUGUGAGGAACUUAUCUGAGGAACUCUGCCAGACCUGCUGUCAGGAUAGCCAUUGGCCAAAGGUUGCUAGCAACAGCUUCAUUUCCAGAGGCUGCUGUGAUCCCCUCCAGCCCCAGCUCAGCAGGCCCCUUGACCUCCACUACAGUCCCUCAUUCACACACCAGCUGCUGGGCCUUGAGGCUGGCAGGAACAUGGGGGCAGAUGACCCAUGCUAUAUUUUAUCUGGCCUGUACACUGGCCAGAGCUAUUCUGGGCAUGGCAGGAAGGGAUUAGAGGCAGGUCAGAGCAGGUUAGUACGGUAACUGAGACAGGGAAGCAGACUUCAGUCAGCUUCCCAGGUCCCGUAGACAGCUUCUACGUCCUUCAGUCUCUUGGUAAAUUAUCAGAAGACAAAUGUACAGGGAGCCAGCCCGAGUCCUAAGUGACUGCCUGUGAAGUCUAUUGUGGCUGAAGACUGCUGGGUAUCAAGUCUCAGGAGAACCCAGCCCAGAUUUAGGAGACAUGGAUCUACCUUUAUGCAGUGUGGCUGUCUCUGGGAGCCUUACCCUGCUCUCUCACUAGUACCCCAACUCAUGUGCCACUGAGGAACCCCCCUGAAGCUGGCCCAGCCCAGGGGUCAGGAUGCUGGGCAAUGUCCAUGUAGUGGGAUUGCCCAUGAAGAGUCCUUGGGUCAUCACAUCUUGCUGGUCACCACAUCCUACUGGUCUUCACAGCUCGACUGCUUUAUUCAGGCCUCUCAGUGGUGGACACUUAGGACACAAAGGUCCAUCUUGGGAACCUUCCCCCUGGGUCUAGGCAGACUUGAGCUCUGUCUGCCGCUAGAGCUGAUGUGGUUUUCUGCCUCAGUUUCCUCCUCCCGGGAUACGCCACUGGAGGAUUUGGGAGGGUGGGGAAGGCAUCCUGCUGAUGGGCUUGCCCGAAUUCUCAGGAACAGGAACUGUGGGGCUUUAUUACCCAGGUGAAUUGGGUGGGAAAUGGUCUGGAGCUGAGCCAUUGACUACUCAGAGGGAAGAUGAGUCUCACGGGAGGCCGGGAAGGGGGAGGGAGGAGCGCACAUGCACGUGUGCACCCAGGCAGUGGCUACAGAGCCCAAAAGGCAGCACUGGCUGUGGUGUUCCCUGAAGCCCAGGCAGGAUGCUAGGAGGAAGCCAGUGCUGCCCCAACCUGAGCUUGCAUGAAACACACACACACACACACACACACACACACGCGCACACCACCAGCACUGGGACUGACCUGUGGAAGCUGCCAUAGGGCACUGGCAAGGAGGGUCAAAGGCGGGCCCCUGACUCAGUGGGUGAGGCCCUGGAAACAUUAUCCUGUUACCCUGCUUGUGCAAGCUCAUUGUCCCCAGUUAGGUGGCAUCCUCAGCCAAAACUGGGAGGAGCCCGAGAUAGGUUCUCCCACCCACCACAAGGGGGUGGUGUGGGAAAGGCUUGGAUAUCUGUGGCCCCAAAGCGAAGCGCUGAGGGCGCCUGCAGUGUUGGGGACAGCUUCUUUCACCUGUCUCUGGACACCGACCAGAGAGGCCCUACAGGAAGCACUGUGCCUAGCUAGCCUGUCCUUGGUGCUUAGCACAGAGCCCCAAAAGGCGCUCAAUUAAUACAGGGCCAAGUCGGCCAGUGGGAGAUGCAGAUUAGGGGAACGGUCCCAGAUGGCCUGUCCUGAAUCCUGUCUGGGGUGGUGUGAUGAACAUCUGUCUAGCCCACUGCAGGUGGCUCUGCACACCCCACAGCAGUUCUGCAAAAGCGUAUGGGGUGGUCAUAACUGUCCCCCUUUGACAGGUAAAGACACCGAGGCACGGAGGAGUAAGGCACUUCAUUUUCCUGGGUCAUUUGUCUUUCUAGUACCAACCCAUUCGACUAUGGGUGCUCCUCCAACAGCUUGGGUCGGGACUGUGCACCCUCGAGAUGAUAGUGGCUUCAUAAACCGGAGAAUUUCAGAGUGCAGUGUUGUAAGAACCUAUGAACCUGAAACUUUAGAACUUUGAGGGGGGCUGAAGGGUAGGUCAGGGGUGUCCAGCCCUAUGUGCGGAUGCACAGAGAAAGGGAACAUGGGAUGGGGUGGUAGAGAGAAGUAUGAAGAAACAUCAGCCUUUGUCAGGGCUAACGCUGUCAGGGACUAGGGGGCUCAAGGCCGAGAGUGUUCUCACACUGUGAUAAACAGUAGCCCUCAACACAGAUGGUAUCCAGGGUGGCUGGCAGCGGUUAUCUAUAGAGUUGCCAUCUGGAAGCAUCUUGGUAGUCACUGGAGAGAGACUGCUUGAUGGGACAUGGAGUGUGUGUACCUCUGUGGGAUUUGAUGAAGCUGGGUCAGCCAAAGCAUCAGAGAGAGGUGUCUGGUCUAGUCCACCAGAGAGAAGUUGUCCAGUGAGAGUUAUUCUCUGUGAUUGGCUUCCUUAAAAGCAGAUGGGAGGGGGGCAGGGCACAGAGCACCCAUGUCUUCAUCUUCUGCAGUAAGCACCUUAGUCCACAUUCUGAAAUUAGAAAGAUCUCCAGGAGUAGAUGGCCGUUUGCUUUGGUGCGUGGUUACUUGCUGGCAAGCACCAUAGCAUCCUGCAGCACCAAGUGACCUGGGCUCCUCAAGCAUAGACUCAUGUUCCAGUCAUCUCAUUGGUGAAAUGACAGUGACAGUACCCUCUCAGCUGGCUCCUGGAUGCUUGUGCCUGGGGUCUGCAUAGAGGAGGCCUCAAAAAAUACAUGGCCACACGAUGCCUGGCACCUCCCUUGGUUGUGCCUCUGCCAACCCUAAGCUCUCACCCAGCAAGGACAUGAAAUCCACUUUUAUGUCACGUCUCCCUUCCCCCAGCCAGCUCCACGUACCCAUCAAUGUCCCCCAUUGAAUGAAUAAACAAGUGAAGGACAUGUGUCUCUCUUUCUCUCAUA